AUGGAGGCUAAGCUAUUAGGAACUGCUUGUCCGUUUUUACUAACUCCUAAAGAAUCAAAAUUUUCAAGGGCCAAUUACAGUUUGGGUCUCCAAACCGGGCAAAACGAUACAACGUUAAGAGUCAACUGUCCAAGCUUGACAAAGAGACGCAUUCUAUCAGUGCAAGCAUCUGCUGCAUCCAUAGGGCUGACAAAGAAGGAAAGGGUGGAUGUAAGCGAUAUAUUGACCCUAGAUAACAUAAGGAGUUCCUUGAUUCUACAAGAGGAUAGUAUAAUAUUUAGCCUAUUAGAGAGAUCUCAAUACUGUUAUAAUGCAGACACCUAUGAUCCUGGUGUUUUUGCGAUGGAUGGGUUCCAUGGUUCUCUGAUAGAGUUCAUACUCAAGGAAACUGAAAAGCUACAUGCUCAGGUUGGCAGAUACAAGAGCCCUGAUGAGCAUCCCUUUUUCCCGGAUGACUUACCUGAGCCAGUGCUGCCACCUUUGCAGUAUCCACAGGUACUACAUCCCGUUGCUGAUUCAAUUAAUAUAAAUAAGACAGUAUGGGACAUGUAUUUUAGAGGUCUUGUUCCAAGAUUGGUGAAAGAAGGAGAUGAUGGCAAUUCUGGAUCAACAGCUGUUUGUGACACAAUCUGUCUACAGGCUCUCUCAAAAAGAAUCCAUUAUGGAAAAUAUGUAGCAGAGGCUAAAUUUCGAGCUUCUCCAGAGGCAUAUGAGGCUGCCAUUAGAGCACAGGACAGCAAAAGAUUAAUGGAAAUGCUGACAUACCCAGCAGUUGAAGAGGCAGUGAAAAAGAGAGUUGAGAUGAAAGCCAGAAUUUUUGGGCAGGAAGUGACAAUGGAAAGAGAGGUAGAUGGAACUGACCCAGUGUACAAAAUACGACCAACCUUGGUUGCUGAUUUAUAUGGUGACUGGAUCAUGCCACUGACAAAGGAAGUUCAAGUUCAGUAUUUACUGAGAAGGUUGGAUUGA